CCUCGCCGCAGCCUGCGCACCCUCGACCAGCUCUACCUUGCUCUAGAGCACCCUCUCGCACCGCCCGCCCACCUCUCACCUUCACCCUACCGCCCCCCUCGUCCCGCUCGCCCACCAUGGCCGGCGCAAUGGAUCACGUAAAGAAGACGAUCCGCAUCCAGGAUGAGGACCGCGAGUCCAAGUUCGGCUCCGUGUUCAGCGUCUCUGGGCCCGUCGUCAUUGCCGAGAAGAUGGCCGGUGCCGCCAUGUACGAGCUCGUGCGCGUCGGCCACGACGAGCUCGUCGGCGAGAUCAUCCGCAUCGAGGGCGACAAGGCCACCAUCCAGGUGUACGAGGAGACGUCGGGCAUGACGAUCGGCGACCCCGUCUUGCGGACGGGCAAGCCCUUGUCGGUCGAGUUGGGUCCAGGUCUCAUGGGCAACAUCUACGACGGCAUCCAGCGCCCGCUCAAGGCCAUCGCCGAGAAGAGCGACUCGAUCUACAUCCCGCGCGGCAUCAACACGUCGGCGCUCGACCGCACCAUCAAGUGGGACUUUGAGCCCGUCAACUUCAAGGUCGGCGACCACAUCUCGGGCGGCGACAUCUUUGGCAAGGUGUACGAGAACUCGCUCGUGAGCGAGCACAAGAUCAUGCUCAACCCGCGCGCUAUGGGCACCGUCACCCACAUUGCCGAGAAGGGCGCCUACAACGUCGACGACGUCGUCCUCGAGACCGAGUUCGAGGGCAAGAAGACGACGCACACGCUGUUCCAGCUGUGGCCUGUCCGCGCGCCGCGACCGACGGGCGACAAGCUCCAGGCCGACACGCCGCUCCUGACGGGCCAGCGCGUGCUCGACUCGCUGUUCCCGUGCGUCCAGGGCGGCACGACGGCCAUCCCGGGCGCGUUCGGGUGCGGCAAGACGGUCAUCUCGCAGGCCGUGUCCAAGUUUUCCAACUCGGACAUCAUCAUCUACGUCGGGUGCGGCGAGCGCGGCAACGAGAUGGCCGAGGUCCUCAUGGAGUUCCCCGAGCUGUCGAUCGACGUCAACGGGACCCAGGAGCCCAUCAUGAAGCGCACGACGCUCGUUGCCAACACGUCCAACAUGCCCGUCGCCGCGCGCGAGGCGUCCAUCUACACGGGCAUCACCCUGUCCGAGUACUUCCGCGACCAAGGGCGCGACGUCGCCAUGAUGGCCGACUCGUCGUCGCGCUGGGCCGAGGCCCUGCGCGAGAUCUCGGGCCGCCUCGCCGAGAUGCCCGCCGACUCGGGCUACCCGGCCUACCUCGGCGCAAAGCUCGCCGGCUUUUACGAGCGCGCGGGCAAGGCCGUCUGCCUCGGUUCGCCGAACCGCACCGGGUCGACGACCAUCAUUGGCGCCGUGAGCCCGCCCGGCGGCGACUUUUCCGACCCCGUCACGACGGCGACGCUCGGCAUCGUCCAGGUCUUCUGGGGCCUCGACAAGAAGCUCGCGCAGCGCAAGCACUUCCCGUCCGUCAACUGGAACGUGUCGUACUCGAACUACACGCGCGUCCUCCAGCCGUACUACGAGUCGACCGAGCCCGACUUCCUGCACUACCGCAACGUAGCCAAGCAGAUCCUGCAGAAGGAGGACGAGCUCGCCGAGAUUGUCCAGCUCGUCGGCAAGUCGUCGCUCGGCGAGGGCGACAAGGUAACGCUCGACGUCGCGCGCUUGAUCAAAGAGGACUUCCUCCAGCAGAACGGCAUCUCGGUGUACGACCGCUACUGCCCGUUCUACAAGACGACGGCCAUGCUCAAGAACCUCGUCACCUACUUCGAGGCGGCCGUCAAGGCGGUCGAGGGCGGCGAGCUGACGUGGAGCCGCGUGCGCGAGUCGACCUCGGACCUGUGGUACCGCCUCACGCAGAUGAAGUUCGAGGACCCGGCGACGGGCGAGGAGGCCAUCCUCAAGGUCCUCAACGAGCUGCACGCCGACAUCGUCUCGCAGUUCCAGAACAUCUCGGACUGAGCUCCGUCGUCGUCGUCGUCGUCGAUCCCUUGGCACACCCACCACGUCCCGCCUCUCGUGCUCUCUCCCCUUGUCUCUGUCCUGCACUCGUCCCUCCCAUACUUUCCGGUCUUUCCUCUUUGCCCCCUCCCCCACCUGCUGUAACUCUCGAACGUCGUAGACAUUCU